AUGUGUACCGAGCUUCAGGAUACGACCAAUGCGUCUGGCAUGCAGAACGACACAAGGAACGCCACAGUCAGCCACGAUGUAGACCCUCUUCAGACAACUCUCCUGGGCAAACUCCUGCAGCUGUUCUGGCUGGUGCCGUCCUUGGUGCAGAUUCUCAGCCUGAACUGUCUCUUCCUCGUCGCCAUCCUGCGGACCAAGAAGCUGUGGCGGCCGCGAUUCGUCCUUCCCGCCAGUCUCUGCGUCCUGGACAUCGUCCAAGGCAGCCUCUUCAUCCCCAGCUCGGUGGUGAACAUCGUUAUGGGAGGGAACAACAACCCGGCUUGGUUCUGUUGGACUCAGGCCAGCUACUUCUACGUGGGCGCUUGCUGCACUUUGUCUACUCUAACACUGAUGGCGUGGGACCGCUAUCAAGCUGUCUGCAACGCACUUCACUAUCAGGAGAAGUUAGAUCUGCCACGUCUUUUGACAAAGAUUGCCGCUGCCUGGACAUGUUCCCUUGCACUGAGUUUAGCCUACAUCAUCAGCAUGUACCGAAAGACAGACGAUUGUAAAAUUGAUGCCCCGUUUUGUACGUUGCCGGAGUUAAGCAACCAUGGGCACUCCGAAAAACGUUUCUUCGUCAUCUGGGUCGUGUGCGAGUUGAUCUGCAUCGCAGUGAUAUGCCUUUCGUACGGCAAAGUGUAUCUAGAGACGAAAGGGUAUCAGAGGCGGCAACGGCAGUUCGUAUCACACAGGCGGUCCGAUAGCAGUCAGAGAAACAAGCGAACAGAACGAACAAUUUCGGCGCAAGUUACAAUCCUCUUCGUGUUCCUGAUUAUUAGAUACAUCCAGAUCGGCAUUUCACUCUUGGUUACAUCAGAGGACAAAAGAAUUUCGGUACUUAUCGUCAAACGCACAGUACAGUUCCUGUAUCUGACCGUGCCUUGCUUCAGCAACCCUGUCAUCUAUGGACUCAGUAGUAAGGAAUUACAAACAGCCGUGAGAAACGUGUGCUGUGGUAAGCCGGCGAACGACGGAAGUCCUUUGACAAGGAGACGAAACGUUGUUAAAAUGUCUCGCUCAAGGAGCGUGCAACAAGACUCUGAGAGGCCCGUUCAUACUCGUGACAUCCGAUCACCAUCGUUCAUACGAUCAUCGACAUUUAGUAGAGAAACUUGUGACAGUCUGACACAGGAUGGAAAUGUUUCGUGCAACAGAGAAAGAAGGCCGUUUCAGGGAGAAGACAACGCAGGGUUUGGAGAAACUACUUCGUCUUUAUAA